AUGGGUACCGAAGGAUCAUGCCGUACGCCUAGACUUGAGUUGACACCAAACAAAUCCUCACUGCACGUUCGUUUCUCAGGAAACUGGUGUGAAAACGUAGGAAUUAACGAAGUCGGCGACGGACUUUUGUUAGAUAAAUGGUACCAUCUAGCUUAUACAAUUUCUGAUUCGGAGAAAAGAUUAGACUUUUACAUAGACGGUGAAUGGGUAGGAUUCGAUUGCAUUCCGGACGUUAGAACGGGAAAAGUUGUCUUCAAUGACGGUCCGUUAUAUAUCGGUCGAUCUUUCCAUAAAGGAUUUGAUGGCGAUGUUAGCAAUGUUCGUUAUUUCAACUGGCGUUUAUGUGCCGAAGAAGUCAAGGAAGAUUCUUUAAAUACUCGAAUUACAUAUGGUUCGAAGGUAGCUCUUGUUCAUGAACCCACUGGAAAAUAUUUAUCUACUAAAGGAAUUAAAUAUGACUGUGGUAGAUUCGGACAACAUAUGGUCGUUGGUACUGGUCGAAAAAUAGAUUUAAACAAUGAUGUUUUUACGGUUAUUGAAGCUAAUGGUACAAGUGUAAGCGUGGGAAGCCCCUUGCUCUUUAAUAAUAUUGUUGGAUUUAAGCAUCAAGCGACAGGAGGAAUUUUACAUUCUCAUGGCUUGAAUUUUGGGAGCACGCCACUAAUGAGGCAUCAACAGGUGACCCUCCGACAAGGUAGAAAUGGUGACGAUGACUGGCUCAUUCGACGUUAUAAUUCAGCUAUUUCUAAAGAUGACUCGGUUUAUGUGUGCAAUAAUGAUAUAAUCUGCCUAAUCCAUUUCAAAUCUGAUAAGCCAGCACUUUAUAGUCAUCCCAUAUUAUUUGGUGAUGGAUCACAAGAAGUUUCUUGUCAUGGAAAUGGAAAUGACGAUAAUAAUAAGUGGCGUAUUGAAUUAAUUGAUGAUUCGAAAUUAUAA